AUGGGUGGGAAGAUUGAUAGAACUAUUAACAAUGGAACAUCGCCUCCCAUAUUCCGUAUAAAUGGUCAAAAUUUCCACCGCAUUGGAACUCUACUACCGGCACUCGGCACUCAACCUAAAUUUGCACAAUUAUACAUUCACGAUACAGAGAAUGAGAUACAAAAUCGCUCCAACUCUUUCAGGACGGAAAGCAAUGGUUCUGCCGUGCAUCUUGAUGUAGUUCAUGACAUUAAGCAAGAUCUAGAUGAUCACAAUGUUUUGGUUAAGUCAUUCCGAAUGGCCAAGUCAUUUAUGCAAUCUAAUCCUACAAGUGAAAUUAGAAUGAGAUUAAUCGGGAAGAGAUCUAAAGAUGCCAGAACGUAUGCACUACCAACUGCUUCAGAGGUUGCUGCUCUCAUUGUUGGAGAUCUAGACCCUUGCAUGGGUGAACGUGAUAUCGUGGUCGAGUCUAGAUCUGGAAUGCUUAAACGAAUUAGUGAAUUAAACCCAGCGUAUCUACAAUUGCAAUACCCAAUUUUAUUUCCAUAUGGGGAGGAUGGUUUCAGGGAAGAUAUACAUUUUGCAACACAUAGUAAUAAACAAAAUUUUGCAAGAAAGAGUGUUUCACAAAGAGAGUACUUCGCGUUCCGUAUUCACGAAAGAUCAAAUGAGAUCUCAACUAUAUUGUACGCUAAAAGGUUAUUCCAACAAUUCUUGGUUGAUGCGUAUACUAUGGUUGAAUCUUCGAGGUUGCUAUACAUUAGGUCCAAUCAAAAAGCUUUAAGAUGUGAGGCGUACAAAGGUCUUUCUGAUGCGUUAACAAGAGGUGAAGUGCAACCUAGCUCUCAAGGUAAAAGGAUAAUAUUACCUUCAAGUUUCACGGAAGGAGCAAGAUACAUGAUACAGAACUACCAAGACGCCAUGGCAAUUUGCAGAUUUAUAGGUUAUCAUAACCUGUUUAUUACUUUUACAUGUAAUCCUAAAUGGCCCGAGGUUCAACGCUUUUUGGAGAAAAGAAAUUUGAAAGCUGAAGAUCGUCCGGACAUUGUUUGCCGAAUUUUCAAAAUGAAGCUAGAUUGCUUAAUAAAAGAAAUAAAAAAUGGGAAACUGUUUGGUCCUAUAAGGGCAGUAAUAUACACAAUUGAGUUUCAGAAACGGGGUCUUCCACAUGCUCACAUAUUAUUGUUCCUACAAGGGACGAGUUGCUUUGCCAAUCCUGCUUUUAUGGACACGAUAAUUUCGGCCGAGAUCCCAGACAAGUUGAUAGACAUCGAGUAUUACAAAGAGGUCGAAGAAUUCAUGUUGCACGGCCCAUGUGGUGUUGCCAGGAGUAAUUCACCGUGCAUGGUAAAUGGCAAGUGCUCGAAGCAUUUUCCAAAGAGAUUUAUUGAUGCAUCCCAUUUUGACCAGGAUGGUUACCCGUUGUAUCGAAGAAGGGAUGAAAAGAGGACAAUUAAAAAAAAUUGA